UUGGCCUCAGCGGCGAGGAAAAAAUGUACACAGGUACACAUGUGCACGAGUUGUUAUUGUCAGUGUCGUCGCUGAGUUUGUGCUUCGAUUGAAAAAGAGCCGGGAGAGAAUCUACAUCUCGGCGCGCUUUUUCAUCUUUCUCGAGCGAGAGGAACGAGAAGAAGCGAAGGAAGAAUAAAAAGUGCGCGUGACGAUUAAAAAAGUAUUGUCGUGAAAUCAUGGUCGCGAUGGAGCACAAGAGGAAGACGUCGUGGGAUUCCAAGAUCUCGGUGAGCACGGUGAGUACUCGGCGCUUCAGUCGGGCGGGCACGCCGAGCUCCAUCCUGUCGUCCGACAGCGACAUACGCUUCACCCGCAAGCUCGGCAGCCAGUACAGAUGCGGCUGUUGCAUCUUGGCGGCCUUCCUCCUCUUGCUGCUCUUGGCCGGUGUGGUCGUUUACAUUGCACAUACGUUCGUGCUGGCGGACCAGCCGCGGGAUCAGGUCUUCCUGGCCACCUUCCGGGUGGCUGAGGGCGACGCAUUUCUGCCCGAGUUGGCCGACCCGAGCACCGAGGCCUUCCGUCAACGCUCCCGUAGCUACCGGGACCGGCUGAAUCUCGUCUUCAAGCGCAGCCCGCUGCAGUCGGCCUUCGUCGCCGCGGAAAUUCUGGCGCUCGACGGCAUCGAGUACGAGGACCUGUACGUACGCUUCGACGCGAGAUUCGACGCACGCUAUGCCAAGAAUCUCAACAGCGAGACCAUCCGAUCGAUACUGGAGCGCGAGCUCGAUCCGGCGAGCAAUCGAUUCUUCGGCAACUUGACCAUCGACGUGGCCAGCAUCGAGGUGCAGGAGAGCGUCAGCGCCGUCAAUCAGCUGGCCCUGCAGACGAACGGGAGCAGCGGCACGGGCAGCGACGACGAGGACGGCCAGCCGGCCACCACGACCAGCCGGCCCUGGAGGAGCUGCAGCCCGCGGCAGUUCUCCUACUGCAGCUCGCAGCAGCUCGACGCCAGGCACGACAACCUCACGACCUCCUAUCCGAACUGGCUCGGCCACCAGGACCUGCAGGAGGUCAACGACGACAUCAUCGCCUUCAGGGAGCUCGUCGACGCCGAGUGCUACGAGCGCGCCUACGACUUCAUCUGCCAGCUGCUGCAGCCGGCCUGCGUCGAGUCGCCCUUCGGCGAGGACGCCCUGAGGCCGCCCUGUCGCGACUUUUGCCGCGAGUUCUGGGCCGGAUGCGGCUCCCGGCUGCCGGAACGCCUGCGCCAGGCGCUCGACUGCUCCAAUUUCCCCGAGCACAGCGACGAGGCCUCUUGCCUCCCCAAGCCAGGCUGCGUGAAGGAUCUGAAAUCGGCGGCUCUGUCGUCUCGCGUGUGCGACGGCAUAGCCGACUGUCCGGAUUUUUCCGACGAGCUCGAUUGCGCCUACUGCCGCAAGGGAGAGAUCCAUUGCGGUCUUGGCACUCAAUGCAUCGCCAAAAGCAAGCGCUGCGACGGAAAGGUCGAUUGUCCCAGCGGCAGCGACGAAAAGGAUUGCCUGUCACUGGCGCCGAGCUUGAGAUCGCUGAGUCUGCAGCCCGACUCGAGCGCACACCCGAUUAGCUACCAAUCCGAGGGCUGGGCCGUGUUCAACGAGAAGGGCACGCUCGGCAAAAUCUGCACCGAGAACCUCAACGCGAGCUUCGGAAAUGACAAGGAAAUCCAAUCGGUACUGCAAUCCACUGCCAACUCGCUCUGUACGCUGCUGAGCUUUGAAGGCGUAAAGUCGGUCGAGACACGAGUCGACAACGAGAACAACGUGCCGUACGUCCUGAUGCAAGAUCCAAAAGCAGCCGAGAUCAGCUUCGUUAGAGCUGCCUGUCCGAGCAAACAAGUCAUGUACGUCCGCUGCUCCGAGUUAGUCUGCGGUGUGCAAUCCAUGCGUACGCGCUCGAGCAGUUUGAACAAGAUAUCGUCGCCCGGCGACUGGCCCUGGCACGUGUCGCUCUUCAAGGAAGAUAAUCACGUCUGCGACGCAACUCUCGUCUCGGAUGAGUGGCUGCUCACCACCGCCUCCUGCUUCCAAGGACAACCCAAGGCCGAGUGGUCGGCGCGUUUCGGCCACGUGAGACUGACCAGCAGGUCGCCCUGGCAGCUGGAGCGCCGCAUCGUGGGCAUGGUCAAGUCACCCGUCGAGGGCAGUACCGUCGUCUUGCUGAAGCUCGACAGGCCGAUCGAGGCCUUCUCGGACUUUGUCAGGCCCGUCUGUCUGCCCAGCCAAGCGAGCCUCGUUCAAAACGCCGAGCAGUGCAAUACUCUCGGCUGGACGAAAAAUCGUGAAGUCCUUCAGAGGGUGCAGGUGCGAUACAGCCCAAUGGAGAAAUGCGAAAACGUCAGCAUAGCAUCGGUCAACAGCGUCUGCACCGAGGCGUACUAUCCGACCGACGACUGUGCGGAAGAAGAGGUCGCUGGCAGUCCUUUGCUCUGUCUACAAACCGACAGCCAGAGAUGGUCGAUCCACGGCAUUAGCAGUUGGCGCAUAGGAUGCCCCAAGGCUGGCAUGGAGCGACCGCGACUCUACGAUCAGAUAUCGUCCAAUCUCGCUUGGAUCAAGUCCACCAUUAAGUGAUCGGAAAUAUACUCAUACCUGAUACUCAUUUUACAAAAGGCAGAUGUGCGUUUAGGGCGCUCGCAACGCCCUAAUUAUGACUUAUUAUGUUUCACGACCUAAGCAGUCAGGUCUUAUUCCUGUAAAUAAUAGAUGCAAACAUACGUGCAAGUAUUCGUUUGCUCUAGGCUGCAAAAAUUUAUAAUUGUUAUAGUAUAAUAUUCGUUAGAAAUAUUUUUAACUUUGUCUAUGUUCAACAGCAUCAAAGACGUAUUUGUUCGAUACUUGUUACAUACAUGCCAACACAAGAAACAGUUACCGCACCCGAGAGAAGCCUCGUAUAUAUAAUACUUACUCGAGACUUUUGAACUUUUAUUGUAGCUUGGCAGUGUUAUUACAUUAUUCACAACUCUUUUCUAUUUGUUUCGUUCUACAAAAUUUAGAUUUUUCUUUGCUCUUUAUGUUAAGUGUUUUUGGCGAGUGAAGCAGCUCAACACGAUGUAAAGUAAGGGUGCCUUUUUUACGA